GUCUCUCUUCUUCACAGCUGUCGUUUCGUUUUUGUGGGAUGGUCGCGAAGCGAAAAUCGCGCCCAUUUGUAACCGGCUUUUGUCCAUAAAGCCUGUAAAUUCAUUCAUUCUUUGUUUAAAGAUUAGCCUUUUAUCACAAUAUUUUUACUACUGAAAGUAUUAACAUGUCGUCAAACGGCGUAACAGAGGACGCCGACAUGGCAGAGUGUGAUGGUGAAAAAGUUGUGACGAUGAUGGACGUUCUUCAGGAACAGCAAGAGUUCGAAGAAGACGCUAACGCGGUCCUCGGAGCAUCGGACGAAAAAAAUUGCACUUUCCUUAAGGGUUACAUUAAAAGACAAGCUCUGUAUGCCUGCCUCACCUGCUGCUCUGAUGCCAAAACUGACCCAACAAAGCGAGCCGGUGUCUGCCUCGCAUGCAGCCUCAACUGCCAUGAAAACCAUGAACUUAUUGAAUUGUAUACAAAACGUAAUUUCCGCUGUGAUUGUGGCAACCCAAAAUUCAAUGGUCAUCCCUGUCAAUACACAACAAACAAGCUGGAUCUAAAUGAAGAUAACUGCUACAAUCAGAACUUCAGUGGUCUCUAUUGCACCUGUCACAGGCCAUACCCUGAUCCUGAGGCUGCUUUUGAAGAUGAAAUGAUACAAUGCAUCAUCUGCGAAGAUUGGCUCCAUGCAGCUCAUCUGGAAGCAACUCUUCCUUCCGAGCAAUAUGCUGAAAUGAUUUGCAAGGAUUGUAUGGAGAAAAAUGAAUUUUUGCAUGAUUACAGUGACAUAGCAGUUAAUAACGAAACUGCAGAAGUAGACAUAACAUCAGUCAGUAAAUCUGAAGCACCUACAGCUGACGAGUCUGCUGAAAAUAAUAUACCAAAAAUUAAUGGAGCACUAGAAUCUACUGAGUUUUCUAAUGAAAAGGAAAAUAAUACAGUGAAUGAUAUUGAGAUGACAGAAAAAGAUAAAAAUAUUGUCGAGUCCACCACAGAUAGUGAAAGUAAAGAGGCUGAAGAUAGUAAAGAAUCUACAGCUUUGGAUGGAAAUGAUGAAAAUAAAAUGGAUAUGCCAGUGCCUGAUGCAGCCAAUAGUAUUAAGGAAGACACAGAAAAAGAUAAUAAAGAAGAGUCUAAUGAAAAGCAAUAUGAACCACAAGAACAAAAGCAAUCUGAAAAUGAUGAUAUAGCAGAGACUGCUCCUAAUGCAUCAGAAAACAAUGAACCAAACAUUGAUAGUAUUACUAAUGACAUUCCUGAAAAGGAUGAUGAAACAAAGAAUGAAGAAAACAUGGAAGAAGCACCUCAGGCAGAAGAAAAAUUGGAAACAAAUUUAGCACAGGAUUCUGAAGAAAAAAGAGAAAGUAAUGAAAAUUCUAUCAUAGAAAGCAUAGAGAAACUUGAAAGUGAACUUGGUAAUGUAGAACAAACAGAUAAGUUUGAUGAGCAAACUCCAUUAAAUGAUAGCACUAAAAAUGAUGAAAAUAAGACUGAAUCUAAGAAUGAAGACAGUAUUACUACUGAUGCAACACCAGAUAAAGUAGAAUCUGAAUUGAAUGUAGAAGAAGCAAGCAAAGAAGACAAUGCUGAGAUUAAAACCAGUGAUGUAGACAUGAAUGAAGAAAAGGAUGCCAAUACUACCACCAAUAAUGACUUAAAGUCAGAAACAACUGAUAAUAUUCAAAAUGGUACUACGGAAAAUGAUGUUUCUCGACUUACUGAUGAGGUAAGCAAUGAAAUUGAUGGCACAACAGACACUACAAAGGACAGUAAAAGAAAGUACUCAACAGAAGAAUCUGAAGAGGUAGCUAUAAAGAAACCUAAAUUAGAAGAAGAGAGCAGCUGUCUGAGACCAAAGGGAGUGAAACGAAUAUUCAAAGGUGCCACAUUCUGGCCAUCGAAUUUCCGCCAAAAGCUUUGCACUUGCGGCGAGUGCAUCUCAAUGUACAAAGAUCUUUCGGUCAUGUUCCUGACUGAUCUGGAAGAUACUGUGACAGAGUAUGAAGCAUUAGGCAAACAGAGGACUGAUGGGUCUGCCUCAUCACAGUAUGAGAGAGGUCUAGAAGCCUUAUCAUCUUUGGACAGAAUCCAGCAAAUAAAUGCUUUGACUGAAUACAAUAAAAUGAGGGACAAACUGUUGGACUUCCUGAAGAGUUUCAAAGACCGAAAGGAAGUAGUGAAAGAAGAGGACAUCAAGGCUUUCUUUGCGGGCAUGAAGCCGAAGCGCGAGCCCGACGGCGUCUACUUCUGCAGAUGAGAUUUUAGUUUAAGAACUACUUUUUUUAUUAUUCAGUUGAUUAUUGCAUUCCUUUGCUUAGUGUUGAAUUUUAAUGUAUGUAGACCUUCUCAUAGAAGUUCAUGACGUUUAACACUGACUAAAUAUAUUCUUUGGUACCUUA